GGAUGUCCAUCACUUGAAUCAGACCGCUAGUAUUUUUCUGCUCCACGAAUAGCGGACAGGCUGAAUGAUCUAGAAGCUCAGCUGCAUUAUUACUUUAUUUCUUAUUCAUUUUUUGGUCGAAUUUCCUUUCAUUUAUAGUGAAACGGAGUAACAAAAUGUCCAGGAGACGACACAGCGAGAGCGAGAAUGACGGAGGUCAGGCACAUAAAAGGAGGAGAACGUCGGAGCCCAUUGAAAUAGAAGACCGCCUGGAGUCACUGAUAUGUCGUGUCGGGGAGAAGAGUACUUCGUCCCUCGAGAGCAACUUGGAGGGGCUUGCAGGUGUCCUGGAAGCCGACCUUCCAAACUACAAAAACAAAAUCCUGCGUAUUUUAUGUGCUGUCGCCCGCCUCCUCCCUGAGAAGCUGACCGUGUACACGACUCUGGUCGGCCUCCUGAAUGCCAGGAACUACAACUUUGGGGGCGAGUUUGUGGAGGCCAUGAUCAGACAACUCAAGGAGACUCUGAAGAACAACCUGUACAAUGAAGCUGUUUAUCUGGUGCGUUUUCUGUCUGACUUGGUCAACUGCCAUGUGAUCGCGGCUCCUUCAAUGGUGGCCAUGUUCGAAAACUUUAUCAGUGUUACUCAAGAGGAAGAUGUACCACAGGUCCGGGCCGACUGGUUUGUGUACGUGGUUCUUUCCUGUCUGCCCUGGGUGGGGAAGGAGCUCUACGAGAAGAAAGACGUCGAGAUGGACCGACUCCUCAGCCAGAUCGAAGGCUUCCUCAAGCGGCGAGUAAAGACUCACGUCCCCAUGCUGCAGGUGUGGACAGCAGAGAAGCCACACCUACAAGAGGAGUACCUGGACUGCCUGUGGGCUCAGAUCCAGAAGCUGAAGAAGGACCGCUGGCAGGAGCGCCACAUCCUGCGUCCGUACAUCGCCUUCGACAGCGUGCUGUGUGAGGCCCUUCAGCACAACCUGCCCCCCUUUACCCCUCCGGGACACAUGCCCGACGCCCAGUACCCCAUGCCCCGGGUGGUCUUCCGCAUGUUUGACUACACCGACGCCCCAGAGGGCCCCGUCAUGCCCGGCAGCCAUUCUGUGGAGAGAUUCGUCAUCGAGGAGAACCUGCACUGCAUCAUCAAGACUCAUUGGAAGGAGAGGAAAACAUGUGCCGCCCAGUUACUCAGCUAUCCAGGGAAAAAUAAGAUCCCGCUCAACUAUCACAUCGUGGAGGUGAUCUUCGGAGAACUGUUCCAGCUGCCGGCGGCUCCUCACAUCGACGUCAUGUACACCACGCUGCUCAUCGAGCUGUGCAAGCUGCAGCCCGGCUCCCUGCCUCAAGUCUUGGCCCAAGCCACAGAGAUGCUGUUCAUGAGGCUGGACACCAUGAACACCAGCUGCAUAGACCGACUAAUCAACUGGUUUUCUCAUCAUUUGAGCAACUUCCAGUUUCGGUGGAGCUGGGAUGACUGGUCUGACUGUCUGACCAUGGAUCUAGAAAAGCCCAAGCCCAAGUUCAUCAAAGAAGUUCUGGAGAAGUGUAUGAGACUCUCCUACCAUCAGCGGAUCGUGGACAUCGUCCCUGCGUCCUUCUCCGCUCUCAUCCCCGCUGAAAACAUCUUUGUAUACAAAUACGAAGAUGAGAGCAGCUCUUCGUUACCAGGUUACCCAGCAUCCAUCACUGUGGGAAACGCCAUCAAGAACCGAGCGACCAACGAGGAGAUCAUGGCCAUCCUCAAAGAAGUGCCCAACCCCAACCAGGAGGACGACGACGAUGAGGGCGAGAGCUUCAACCCUCUGAAGGUGGAUGUGUUCCUGCAGACUCUGCUCCACCUGGCAGCCAAAUCCUUCAGCCACUCCUUCAGCGCCCUCGGAAAGUUCCAUGAGAUCCUGAAGGCCCUGACGGAGAACGACGAGGGGAAGCUGCACAUCCUCAAAGUGGUUUAUGAAGCGUGGAAGAAUCACCCACAGAUGGUCGCCGUGUUGGUGGAUAAAAUGGUCCGGACGCAGAUUGUGGACUGCGCUGCCGUGGCAAACUGGCUGUUCUCUCAGGACAUGGCCCACGAGUUCACCAGGCUUUUUGUCUGGGAGAUUCUGCACUCGACCAUCAGGAAGAUGGACAAACACGUGCAGAAGAUCCAGCAGGAGUUAGAGGAGGCCAAGGACAAACUGGAGAAACAGCAGCACAAGCAUAAGAGGGACAGCGGGGACGAGGAGGACAUGGAAAAGAACAGCGAGGAUGAGGAGGGGCAGCUGGAGGAGCAAAUCGAGAGGCUGCAGGAGAAGGUGGAGUCGGCUCAGAGCGAGCAGAAGAACCUCUUCCUUGUCAUCUUCCAGCGCUUCAUCAUGCUGCUGACGGAGCACCUGGUCCGCUGUGAGACAGGCAGCGUGGACAUCAGCACGCCGUGGUACAAGAACUGCAUCGAGAGACUGCAGCAGGUCUUCCUCAUGCACCACGUGACCAUCCAGCAGUACAUGGGGACUCUGGAGAACCUGCUGUUCACCGCAGAGCUCGACCCCCACAUCCUGGCUGUGUACCAGCAGUUCUGCGCCCUGCAGCUUUGAGACACACACACACACACACACACACUUGUAAUUGGAUGAAAAGUUUACCUGUGUUCUCGCAGUACGUGUGCUCCACACAUUAGGAACUACCAGCUCUUGCAUCAAGAAUCUCCUCGUUAGUUUUUGUUUUUAUUUACAUGUUUUCGUGCCAUUGGACAUGUUAGCGUCGUGCGACUGAGGAAGUCUUUCAGUAGGAGUUCAAACAACAGUUGGACCGGUCCUCCGUCAUUCAUUUACUGUAGAGUUUCCUUUAUUCGUCUUUAUUUUUGCUUGUUUCAAGAUUGACUUCCUGCUCGUGUUCUAAUGACCUUUUUAAAACUGUCCGAGUCCAGGCGGAGCGAGAGAGGCGAUCGUACAGCGAGAGGUUUCCGCAGAGCGCUCUACUUUUUUAUAUUUGUUUUAUGUGGAAUUGAGAAAUUAUUAAAACUCUUUAUCCGCCGGC